UCUCUCUCCUCUCCCCUCCUUCCGCUAUAAGGAGCCCUAAAGCGGUGGAAAGAAGGGCGAGAAGGAAGCGGUCGACCGGCGGUCCUGGACUUCGCCGGAGGUGGAGGACUCGACGCCCUACCGGUCAGUGAUCAGCAGUUUAAAGAUUUCUCAGCAUGUCUUGGUGCACUAUUGAAUCUGAUCCUGGUGUUUUUACUGAACUGAUACAACAGAUGCAAGUAAAAGGUGUUCAGGUGGAGGAAUUGUAUUCACUGGACCUUGACUUUCUGAACAAUCUACGGCCGGUCUAUGGGCUGAUAUUCCUUUUCAAAUGGCGACCUGGCGAAAAAGAUGAUCGGGUCGUAAUAAAGGAUCCAAACCCAAAUCUAUUUUUCGCCAGCCAGGUUAUUAACAAUGCUUGUGCAACUCAAGCAAUCCUUUCUAUUCUGAUGAACUGUCCAGACAUCGAUAUUGGCCCAGAACUGUCGGUGUUAAAAGAAUUCACCAAGAAUUUUCCACCAGAACUCAAAGGCCUGGCUAUCAACAACAGUGAAGCUAUUCGAGCAGCACACAACAGCUUUGCAAGGCCUGAGCCUUUUGUCCCUGAAGAGCAGAAAGCUGCAGGGAAAGACGAUGAUGUCUACCAUUUCAUAAGUUACAUACCUGUGGAUGGAGUUCUGUAUGAGCUUGAUGGGCUGAAGGAAGGCCCUAUCAGCCUUGGGCAAUGCCCUGGUGGAGAAGGAGACAUGGAUUGGCUACGGAUGGUGCAACCAGUGAUACAGGAACGGAUUGAUCGAUACUCUCAAAAUGAGAUAAGAUUCAAUCUUAUGGCGAUUAUAAAGAAUAGGAAGGAGUUGUAUACAGCUGAACUUAAGGAGCUCCAGAAGAAGAGGGAGCAUCUUCUGCAGCAAUUGAAUGAUCAUAUGAUUACAGGUAACAAGCAAAACCCUGCUGUCGAGGCAAUAAAUAAAGCACUUGCGGAGGUGGCCUCUGGGAUAGAAAAUGCAACCGAGAAGAUACUAAUGGAGGAGGAGAAGUUCAAGAAAUGGAAAACAGAAAACAUACGGAGGAAACACAAUUACAUUCCGUUCUUAUUCAACUUUCUGAAGCUUCUUGCAGAGAAGAAACAAUUGAAACCUCUGAUUGAGAAGGCGAAGCAAAACUCAUGUAGUCCUAGAUGAACAUUUUGCGAUGUGGGAUUCUCCAGAUGACAAAGUGUUACUAAUGGUUGCUAGGAAAGUUGUACCAGUGUCUCCUUUUUUUUUGUUGUGCAGUCUUAUGGUAAAGGUUCGAGAUUGCAGGAUAUUCAUGUUCGAACAUUUAUUUAUCUACUCAGAGAACUAAAUCACUUUGUGUUCAUGGCAAAUUGUGGUCUAUGAACUUGGUUAAGCCAUUCCAAGUUGAUUCCAGGAGCUUCUGAAACUGGUAUUAAUGUAUACUACCUAAUGGAACCCCGCCAAAACCGUUACAAUGACCAUUGUUUGAUAUGGAAAUUCUUUCA